AUAUACAUAUAGAACUUGACCAAGGUGAAAUAAUUAACUUAAUAAACACCAAAAUGGAUUGGAAAAAGAAUUUUGAUUUUUCUCCCAGUAGGAAGGUACCACCCCAGAAGGGUCGCAGGGCUGCCAAUGCGCUUGGUUCUUCCAGCAGGAGUGAAACGUCGGUAGCAGAAGAUGUUUUGGACAGCCCACCUGGCAGUGCUGCUGGGACAGGGCCGAAGUCCAAGUCUCCGCUGCCGGUGGCCCCCCCGAGAGCCCGCCGUACUGGCGGCUGGGCUGAGGACACCACCAAGUCGGGCAAGCGUCGCAGUGCAGUCAAUGUGAUCGAACAGGAACGCUUUCGUGAUGUUGAAGAUAAGAAGGUUGAUUCAGAUGAUGACAUUCCUGUCAUCCCAGACCUGGAUGAUCUGCAGGAAGAAGAGCUGGGUCUGCAGGUGGCAGAUGCUCCAUCGAUGGCUGUGAACAGAGUGGCCAUGUACAAGGAACUGAACUCGGAUCUCCUCAAGCACUCUGUGUUCUCCACGCUGGACGGCAUCAACCUGCAGCUGCUCACCAAGAGGCUGAGUGGCGAGGCAGACGUGAAGGAGGUGGAUGAAGUGUGGACGUGGGAACAGUUGUUCACGGAAGUGUCGUCAGAACUGCACAAGGAAUGGGAGUUACAGACAGAUGAUGGUAACAAGACAAGUCCUACUUAACAUUGACAUACAAUACCUAACAUUCUCACUGGAGUUCCUGCAGUUUCAGUUUACCACACACUAUGAUAGGUAUUUAGAAUGCUGUUAUGCAAGUAUUUGAAAGGACACUGUCAUGUGGGUACUCAAGUAGUUUAUUUAGUGAGAAAGGUAGUUCACAAGUCACUGUGAUAUAUCCUUUCAGUGUUGAUGCCAUUUUCUUUCAGUUUUGGAAGAGGUGGUGUAAUUUUGAGCCGGCGGUGGGGUCGCCAGCCACGUAGAUUUGAUUUGUGUCCGCACUCCGUAGAGCCUCACCCAGGCUAAGAGAUGCUUCCUCUCCUCCCCUCCCCCUUCACCCAGUGAUUCUUUCUUGGCUUACCCUCUCUUCCCCUCCUGUGCCUGCGCACUGGUAGUUGAGUCUUGCACCAACCCUGCUUCUUGGUCUGGUCACUGAAGAGCAAUAUGCUCCCCAGUUCAUUGGGGCAAGGUCAGCCAAUGCAUCUUUGUGAGUACUCUGAGUGGUUUUAAAUUUCCCAUUUAGACAAAUUUCAUGUUUUGGCUCUGCUCUAGAAAAUUCCCUUUGGCUAUCACGUGCUUGGUAGAGUCAUUUCUUGUUUGUUUGGUUCAGACUCAUCUAGCCAUGAGUGGUGUAUUCACGCCUUUGCGGUUUGUGUUUGCGUUCGUAAUGUCGGGCCUAUACAGUUUUGCUAUAGCCUUUGCGGAUCGUGUUUCUUAGAGCAGUUGUCUUUUCAUGUUGGACGAGACACUUUUUACAUAGCUUCUGGUAAGGGCUAUGGUACCUGAAGAGACUUAUUCUUUGGACAUAGCUGUACCUUUGCACAUUAUGGCGAUGUUUGGUUGAUGUCACUGGCACAUUUUAACGCUGUGUUACGGGCUUGCGUCAAGAGUGAGCACUUAGAAGGUCACUGCUACGUGAGGCAGAUGCUUGCCAUCACAAUGGUUAGAUUGUAGUUGUAAAAAAACAUAAUUUUUCCUGUUCAUGUUUUGUUCUUGUUAUAAAAAUGUUGCAAUUUUUGACAUAAGAGAGGAUAGACAGCAUUUUUUUUGGUUUGAGUUGUGAACAAACACGUCUUAAAGUAACAUGAGAGCCUGUAGCACUGUUUAUGCUUUGGAGUUGCUUUGUUCAUGUUUUGCAGGCUGUGGUUCGUGGCAGCUAUUUGAACAUGUACAAGUAUGCUUAAAUUAAUGUUUGUAUUGUAUGAUUCUCAAGAACUGUAAGGAAGGGUAAGUCAUAACAGUUAAAUACUAUUUUGUGUAAACCAAUAUCACCAGUUGGCCAAUACUAGGAGCCAAACUUUAAUUCUUAAAAAAUAAUUAAAUCUCCAACUCAUGCAAAUAAAAACUAGCUAUGUUGAGUGCCAUAAACCUAAACUAAUAUCAGAAAAAUUUUAUGCAUAGGUAUAAUUAUUUGAUAUUAACUUCAAUUUUAUAGCAGUUACACCUUUAUGACAUUAACAAACCAGAAUAAUUUUUUUGACUGUUAAUAUGAAGUCAGCAAUCACAGACUAUUAAUUACAGUAUCUUACCGUAUAUUCAGCUUAGUAGUAACAAGAGUAAUUCAUUCCAUUAAAAUAGGUGUAAAUAUUUCAAUAGUUAAAUUGUUUGAUAAUAUAUUUGUUAUUUUACCAAGUUUGACUAACACGGAAGGAGUAACUAGACCUCUGGGAUUAAAAAAAUUUACUUCAAGUUGUGGACAAAAAGUAACUUUAGACAACUUGUGAUACCUUUAAAUCUGAUAACAUUUAACUUCGAUGAAUAGAUGAUUUCGAACGUAAGUUUCUUAUCAAUGACAGAAGAAUAAAAUAUAAAUUUAGAUCACAUAAAAAAAAUUUGAACUAGUAGUGGACUAGGACCAUAAUGCGAACAGUCAAUUUAAAUCAUUAGUUUCACUCUAGCUAAAUUAUUAUUCUGAUCUGGCGAAACACAAAAAUUCAAAUUGCUACAAGAAAACCAACCUUGAAUUAGUUCUCAAUUCUAAGAACUGUUGCUAGCGAAGCUGAAUCACCGUCUUAAUCCAGAGACACCUUAUGAAAAAGUCUAUGACGACAGCUGUGGACAGAAUCGAGUAUACCAGCGACCCCUCAUCGUACUGGAACUGGAUCAGUGUCUUUCACCGUCGUCAUUGUUGCACAUCAGCGCCAUCAGUAGUAUGGACUCUGGGAAAUCUGCAGUAACUCUUGUUUUGGAACUACUCAGUAUUCUCAGUCAGUAUUUUACAAUUUUUACCUAACUUCGUAGUUCUUGAGAUCAUGAAUUAAAACAUUACUUUUCAUUACUCUUAGAAAAAUUAAAGGUAACAGUUUCUACCUUUAUAGUAAUGUGAGACAGCUCACAGGCAAUUUUGAAAGCUGAGGACUGACUGUUCAUUUUCUUGUAUUUGGAAAUUUUAGCUCCAGUUAGGGUAAUUGAUUCGUGAAACAUACCCAAUGAGUUCAUGUUAAUUUCUCCAGCUUGUUAUUUUUCACGUAUUCUUCUGUAUGUUACUAGGUGUUUCAUAAUUGGCCAUUCGUGUUUGUCCUUAAGUAAUUUUGUAUCACUGCCUACUGAGUCUUUGGUGUUACAUGAAUGUUUCUUGUUCUUAUAUCUUGUAAAGAAUUAAGUCGUAAUGUGACAAAGAUGUGCAUUUAUCUACGUUAUUGCAGGUGCAAUGGACUUAGUCUAGAGAAAGUUAGUAAAAGAGCUUAAUGAAGGUGUUCACAUGGCACAUAUGUUUAUCAUUUUCUAUUCUAGUGAAGUUUGUUCAAGGUGCUUUUGAGACUUAUUUUUAUUUAUAUUUGCAAGAAUUUAAUGUCUCAUUUUAUGUAUGAGACUAGAUACUGUUUCACCCAUGCUUAUGAAUAUGUAUUAUUAAAUGUGAGCAUUUUUGAAUUUAUUGUUUUCUCUUUAUAGUACUUUUUCCGCCCUUCUUACCGUUGGAGGCCCCUCUUGGGAGCAAGCAGUUGUGAUUGAUGUGCAGAACAUGUAAGGGACAAUCGGCCAUGGGCAUAGGCCCUAACAUGUUUUGUCAUGCAGGGGUAGGGAAGGGGCUUGUUGAGACUGAUUGCUGCCUACGGCUUCAAUUUUAUAAAUACUAGGUCUGUGUGAAUAUUAGGGUUUUUAGUUUGAAUCGAAUACGAAUACCAAAUUAUACUCGUAAAUGAAAAUAGAAUUUUAAUAGUAAGAAUAAGAAUUAAAUCCAACAAAAAAAAUUUUUUUACAUCAUGUAACAACUUCUGGAAAAUUAGGCAAAUAAUACUAAAGUGAAAGGUUGGUUACAAUAAUUAUAUCGAAAAUGUUUGUUAACAUAUUUAAAUCAUGAAAUAAAAAUUAUUUUUAAUUAUACAUCUAACCUAACUUAUCUUAACCAACCAACCUUCCAUUUUGCCUUAUUUUCCAAUACGUGCUACUCUCCAUAUCGAUUCAGAAAAUUUUUGCAAACAGCAAAAUACCAUGAAAACCAAUGCAAUAAAUUUCUUGUUAAAUGUGAAUCUUUUUUCAAAUGUUGUAGUCACAAAUUAGAAAUUAAUCUUACAUAUAAAAUUCUCGUGUCACAGUGUUACCAUACUCCUCCGAAACGGCUUGACCGAUUUUUAUGACAUUUUGUAUGCAUAUUCAGUAGGUCUGAGAAUCGGCUACUAUCUAUUUUUCAUACCUCUAAGUGAUAAGGGUUGUCCACCCCUAACUUUUUUAUUUUUUGGACAAAAUUAUUUUAUUUUUUUAUAAUGUGGCAUUAAAAAAUACAC